GUCGUUGAUAUAUCGACAGGGCAGCAACGUGUGCCGCGAUUGGUUGCUUUUCUCGCAUAUGCAAAUGGACUUACCUUCUCUCUCUUUAAUCGUGGUUUCGUUGCAGCAGUAAGUAGUAGCCGGUACACGCGAGGUAAAAAGGCGCGUUCGCGCUCGCGACCAGAGAACUCGCCUUUCCUUGCCGGGCGGAGCCGCGCGUGAUCCGCGUUUCUUUGCGAUUGGAGCACCAUUCCCCACCGACGCUGCUUGUUUCCCCACCAGCAUAAGCGUCCAGGCGUCCGUCCGCUGCUUUUCGUUCCAAUCUAACCUCUUCGUCGUACACUCAGCCUUUCGAACCGAGGUUAGUGUUGCUUCAUCUCUUUCCUUCUUUGUGCAACUCCCCCACUUUGCGUUCCACGGUCCGUGUACGCGUCCGCGUUCCCCGUGGCCGGUAGGCGGCCGACCGGGCGUACGUGGGCCCUCUAGUGUAGCUGCACACAUGCACGCGACAGCAUCUGACCGCCGUACCAGCCGCCGCAGCCGUAGCUGCCACCGUCGUAGCUCGUCGCGGAUGCUCGUGUGCCUGCGAUAACGAUACUUUGCUCUUUCUACGAUCCCGCACCGCGGACAGCUCAAUUCUCGCGAGAGGAAAGCUGACGCGCGGUGUGUGUGAACCUAUGACGAAACGGUACCGCACGUGUGGAACGCGGAACCACGGGAGUAAUUGCCAGCGUCGAAACAGUGAGACAGUGAAUAUUCGUGACAGUUUCUAAUGGCAUUGGAAGGAUUCUGAAAUAGAUUUACGAUCCAACUCGUAAUUUACGAUGCUCGUGUUCGUUUCGGUGAUUAGCAUCGGAAUCGUUCGUGAAUUCGCCGAUGGGUGACGCUGGGUAUCUGAUGCGUCACUGACAGAUCGGAAAGACAAUAGGAUUUUUGAAUAUUCGCGGGCUAUAAAAGACACGAUUCUCGCGGUAAAAACGCGGGAAACUUCGGUAAUAACCGUUGACAGUUGGCGUUGGUGUCGAUUCAAAAUUUACGUGAGAUCUGGUGUUUGGCAUUCGGAUGACAAGUGAAUUGAACGAGAAACGUGGCCAGGAACGAUAUACGAAGGAAAUAACGACGACACACACUUGUCACGCUGUUCCGUUUAAUAACUAUAUACAUUAAGAAGUGUUCGUAUAAUGAACGUGAAGGAUAAACGUAUAUAACCAAGUAGUGACUACCGUGCGAGACUGGAAUACGUUCGGAGCGUGUCGAAGGAAUAUAUCUGUGCUCAUUUAUCAGUGUAGUGUUUCUAUAGGAAUAUACUGUGAUAUCAAAGGAUAAUAGACGUCUGAAGGAUCUUUUAUAUUUGUAAUUCGCUUCUGUUUCGUUAACCUCAAUUCCAAAAUAACCUCAAAAAUCUGUAUACUGCACUCGUCUUCGUGGAGCUUUCAUUCUCAAAAGUGCAACACCGACCAUUGACCAUUGCUCGACGCUUUUAACAAACGAUAAAAACGACAAAAGGAUAUCAAAUUCGUACACGGAGGGCGAAGAACAGUUUAGCUUGUCCAACAAAGGGAGCCAGCAGGUGACCACGUUGGAUUUCGCGGCGUUGGCUGCUUACGGGGGCGUUUCGGGACCCAGGGUCGCGGUGGCGGGUACCGGGGUCCUCGCGCUACCCGGCCUGAUACCCGAUAAGGGUUUAUCAUCGCCCGGAGGACAGUCGAAAACAAAGUCCGCAGGGCUGGCGGGCCUCGACAGCGAGGCGGUGCGCCGGUGGGUCGCCGAGGCCGCGCGAACCGUCCGGCAAAUUCCGCCUCCGGUUGUGAUACCAUCCAGUUCGCAGCAACAGCAGCAACACCAGCAACAAUCUAUUCAACAGCAGCCACAGCACAGGCAACAACAUCAUCAUUCCAUCCAUCGACAGCGUCAAGAGUCUAGCCCACCUUUGGUGGGCGCCUCCCCUUUCGUUCUGCCGUCGUCGAUGACGCAGACCCCCAGCAUGCAUCUGCUGGAGAACAACAACCUGGUGGAGGUUGCGAUGGUUCAACAGCAGCAACAAUCGCAACAGCAGAUGCAGAUGCAGCAACAGAAGCAAAAGCAGACCAGCCCGACGAACAACAACACGAUCGAGGCUUGGAGGUCUAUACAGGGUGGCCACCAAUGGUGGAGUCCACCGAGCACCGUUCAUCAAGAGCAGCAGCAGCAGCAGCAGCAGCAACAACAGCAGCAGCAGCAACAGCAACAACAACAACAACAACAACAAGUAUCGCCUAUAGGACAGCAAGUUGUUCAGUCCCAGAGUUUGGUCGUUGGCUCGGUUUGUGGACAAGUACAGAGACAGUCGCAGAUACAAUCGGAGAUCGAUCAACCUUUGGACUUUUCGGUCGGUUCCCUUCAACAACAGAGGCUACAUUCUCGCGUAAGGACUAUGUACGAGAGACUGCAGGAUAGGAUACACGACAAUAAUAAUGGAACAACCGGUAGCGGGCAGAAGAUCGGCAGAGGGACGGGAAGCAGAAGAAGUUACAGUCCCAGUGAGGGUAGCAGCAGCAGCAGCGAAGAUGAAGGAGUCUCCACCGGCGGUAGCCCUUCCGGUCCACUUCGAGGCACCGAAAAUGACUCGUGCGAGCAGCCGAUCGCGGAUCGACCUUACGGCAAACUUUGGAUAGGCGAUAACGAGGUUGCGUGGCGGACCGAACAGUCUUUCAAGAGGACCUCACCCCUAAACCCCUGCACCACCACGACUACCACGACAACGACAGGUGGUGGAGCACUGGCACACCCCCACCUGUCACCACCCAUUGCCGCUCCCGUGACCACUCCCGAUCACAGAAGCCCUAGCAGCCUCCACGUGAAGCUUGGAAUUUCUCCUGCAAGCGACGCGCUCGGCCGAAUCGAUAAGGAGCCAGCCUCGCCGGAAUCCAUACAAGAUGCGGAUCUUCAUGGCGAGGUGGACGGACCCGAACUCAGUGGCGACGACAGGAGUAUCACGAGUGAUAUCCAAGAUGCCACCGAGGCGAACCUCGACCAUGAUUCCAUGGACUCGGAUAGGGAAGCUCUUAAUCUGGUCACAGACGUGUCGCAUCGUAACAGCAGCAGUGGUACCAGCGGUAGCGCCUCUUCGCCUAGUUCCGGGGUGAGCAGUCAGAUAACCGGAAGUCAUCAGCAGCAACAACACACGGCAGGCCAGCAGAACAGCAGCAACUCCCAAGCUGCACUGGCUGCUCAACUAGUCAGCCAACAAUUGCUGAUGCACGGAUCUCUGGGUGCCCUUGGACCUCAGGAGAUCCAGGCGUUGGCCUCCACGUUUCAGCAGCAACAGCAGUCUCUGCAGCAACAGUUGCAGCAGUUGGCCAUGUUUCAGCAAGCAAAUUCGGCUGCUGCAGGUCAACUUCCGGCUCAGGCGCAAUUCUUUUUGCAGAAUCAGGGGCUGUUGCAGAGCGGUGGCUACUCCUCAAGAUCCAGUCAUCCGCGCUCACAGUCCAUGCAGGUGCAGCAAGCAGUGGUGCAGGCAGCCCAACAACUGCAAGCUCUCCAGAAGCAGCAGGCUGUUCAAGGAAGCGGAGGCCUAGUUGGUCGAAGUUUAACCCAACAAAGAUCACCUCCGCCUCCUGGCACACCUCCAGCUGUGAAACAACCACCUCCAAGGCUGGAACCGUCGCCGGAAGAGACCACGGACCUCGAGGAGUUAGAACAGUUCGCCAAAACCUUCAAACAGAGGCGGAUCAAGCUUGGUUUCACUCAAGGCGACGUUGGCCUCGCCAUGGGAAAACUUUACGGAAACGAUUUUUCCCAGACAACGAUCUCGAGGUUCGAAGCGUUAAAUCUUUCCUUCAAAAAUAUGUGCAAGUUGAAACCCCUCCUACAAAAAUGGCUGGAGGAUGCAGACAACUCAUUGAACAAUCCCGGUUCACUUUCGAACCCGCUCACAACCCCGGAAGCCAUCGGUAGGCGGCGGAAAAAAAGGACAUCGAUAGAAACAAGCGUGAGGGUGGCACUGGAGAAAGCUUUCGUACAAAAUCCAAAACCCACCUCGGAAGAAAUUACUGUAUUAGCAGACAGUUUGGCCAUGGAAAAGGAAGUGGUUCGAGUGUGGUUUUGCAAUAGACGACAAAAAGAGAAGAGGAUCAAUCCACCAACAGCGGCGAUGGGUAGCCCAACAAUGGCGUCCCCAGCACCAUCGGUUUUCGCAUCACUUGCGAGCUCCAUGUCAGGAAGCCCUCUCGCGCUCACGACGCAUUCCUCGGGCAUGGGCCACUCUCACUCCCAUCCCACACCCCUCGGUUCACCUUUACCUCUUGCCCUGGUCGCAUCAGCAGGUGGAAACUACCAUCCACUUAGCGGCAAGUCUCACGAGUGACACCAACAGCCCGCCCAUCCAGGGGAUACACAUUUUCAUCAACAGCAUCAACAAUCGCAGCAGCAACAGCAACGACGUUUGUGCAAUCUACCCGAGUUCUAUCACUAAUCCGUUGGGUGGCCAAUCGCUGGCGAUGGUUCAGCGACGAUUUGGCGAAAACCCGCCACAGAUUUCGUUGCCAAAGGGAAUUUGGCGCGAUGGAACCGACGGGUUCGAGCAAUACAGGGCCAUGUGAGUGGAGUGGAUGAAGACGGCAUGAUACGAUUCAAAGAAAAACAUAUCCUGAUGUCAAGAAGUCUUUGGAAGAGGUUCAUUUGGGAAGAGGAUGGGGAGAGAAGAGGAACAUUUGCCGGAGAAGAAAAUAUCAUUGGUUUCCUUGAAUAUCAUUCAAGGUAUCUCGUGAAGAGUAUACGAAUCGUGAAGAGACGUUGAGGAGAAAGAUGAAACGUCGACGAGAGACUUUUAGAUAGUUAUUUAAAAAUACAUAGAAGGUAGAACACAUUCGACAAUUUUAAUUUUCGUAUUUCGUUAAAUAAUACUUUUUGUAUUAUUCUCACAGUAUUAUCUUCGAAAUUUUGAUUGAAAUUAUGUGGAACGUAGACUUCGAAGCUUGUCAGAAUUAAUGUGAUUAUUGUUAGAAAAAUAAUGCGGCUCAACUUCGACUCAGAAUUAAAAUACAACGAAACAGCUUUGAAGUCCUCGUUUUUGCGUAGUAUGUGGUACAGGAUCGUUGCCGCCGUUCAACGUUUAUUUAUAAUUAAUAUGAUAUACAGCAAACGGAUAACAUUAAAAUUUUAAUUAAUUUCUGUGACUUAUUUGAAUUAUCAUGAAAUAUUCAUCAAGGGGAAACUAUUCGACGAUACGUAUCAUUAUCGAUUGGUUUUCCUUUUCGAGUUUUCUUUUAUCUAUCGAGUGAUCCAACGUCGCUUCGACUACAUAUUGCAUUAUAUUGUUUCACAAUUUCAAAGAAUUCUAUCAACUUUUCGAGAUUGUGAAAUAAAGAAAGACAAGAUACUUCUCGAAUUCCUUCUCGAGUAAAAUCACGGCGGAACACACGAUUGAAAUAACAACGAACAACGAAAAAGUACACGUUGGAGGAACGAUAAACCUUCCGUUUAUGCCAUUUCAUUGAAUUGAUCGAGGCGGUUCUUUCGAGGAUGGCGAACGCUCUUCAAAGUUUUCACUUCUUCGUGGUAAGCAGGGUUUACAUGCCACUUGCAAGGGAAUCUUCAGGAUCGAAAGGUGUAUUGCUUGUAUUGAAACAGAAUUACAUCGCAAAAAUUUUUGAAUAUUCACUGCCAUCGAAGAAACUUAAACUUAAACAUCGAUAACCGAAUGAGAUAGAUUAUGAUUUCUUCUAAAAUUAAUUGGUUUAAUUAGAUUUUAUGGAUAUUAUAGCGUUUAUUUUCAUCGAACAUAAUUAUCGAAUGUAAUUAAGAUCAGACGAACUUUCGAUCUUCGAGUUUUAAGCAGCCUUGCAUUUGGCAAAGAUGCGGCGAGGUCCGACAAUACGUUUGUAUAUAAUUACGCACACGUUUGCGUGUCUGUCGUCAUACAUAUCCGUGUCCUGAGUUUGUACAUAUAGGAAGAAAUGUGCACGAGGCGUAAUAAUAAAUUUAAAAAAAAAAAAAAAAGAAGGGAGAAUCGAAGGGAAUACGAGGAAUGGGCUCAUUCAUCUUCAUCGUCGAAGAAGUCGAAGAUCUUUGGACGAUCGAUUUUACGACGAAUCAUAAUCACUCAAGCCAAAGUAUCGUCAUGCUUAAUCGUCAAAUAUGUGUGACGUUUAAUUAAAAUAGAAGAAGAAGUAAAUAAAAAAUAGAUUCCUAAGGGGAUGAACAAGAGCGCGCUCGUAUUCUUUGCUUUUUGGACAGACACGAAGAUUAGCAAUUGUAGAUACGUUCUGUACGUGUACAUACGGUAUAUAGAGACAGUUUUAUCAGCGAAUUAUUCCACGUAUAUGUUUGUACGAGUCGAUAUCGAUGGUUUCUUUGAUUCGAAAGUUCGCUUUCCCGCCAUUUUCGCGUUUGAAAAACGCCCACGUGACUUAUGGCGCGUGAACUUUCAUCCUGGAAGCCUGAAAAUCGAUUCUUCGACGAAUGAAUUCUCCCUCUUCUAAUUAAUUAAAGAUUAUAAUCU